AAUGAUGAACAAGGCCCUUCUGGUAACUAUUCCCGCAGACGCUAGUUCAAGUGCAAAGGAUAAUGGAGACUCUAAAGCAGUCCUCUUGGCCAAAAUCAUUUUGGCCUUUGCCCUUAAAAGAGCUCAUUAAUCAGAGGAGUAAUUAGGAGAAGGCAGUGCCUAAGGGGAAAGCCCCUUCCUCCAAAGGCACCUGCAUGUAAGGGGAAUCCUGCUUAGGUACCGACUGGCUCUCAUCUGCUGAAGGGCAAGUUUUUUUUUUUUUCCAGCGAAAGCCACCUGUGUGAGGUGCUCCCUGUGGGAAAGGUGGCGUGGGAGAACGGAGAACUCGGCCAUAAGAUUCAGGAGCCUUUCUUAAUGAGACUGGUGGUCAGAAUUCCUCCAGAACUCAGAGCCUUUAGAAAGCAGAGUCCGCUUUGCUCAACUCGGUUGCCAGGAUUGUAGCUCAUCCUCCUGAAGGAGGCUGAGCUCUGGAACCGGCUUACGCCUCCCCAGUUUGCGCGGGUCCUCCCUGUCCUCUCCCUCCCACCUUCCCACCCCCAAAGUAGUGCUCCCGCCUCGCUGCGCCUGCAGAUCCCCCGCGCGCCCCAGAGGUUUAUCAGGCUCCCUCCACACCCGCCGGCUUCCUCUGGUGCCCAGCGCGAGUGACCCGCACCCCAGCCGCCGCCUCCGAGCCCCGGUCCGGGUCGCCUUGUCCCACUCCCCAGUCACACCGCCUCGCGGCUCUUCUUCCCAGACGGCGGUGCCCACCGCGUUUCAGAAAGGUUCAGUCAGAGCUUGGACCUGCUGUUUUGCUCAUCCCCGCGCUCAGCCUCUCAGCCCCGAGAAGUGGAAUCUGCACGGAAACUCUCGGUGGCUGGAGCCGGCGGACUGGGCAUGCUCAGAAGCCAGGGCUGGCUUUGGUCUCAAGUAGGAAGCUUUUGCACUCGGGAGGCAGCGGCGACUUUGGGGAAAGUUGAUCGGAGAGGGGAGGAAGCCCCAAGACGCGGAGCAGCAGCAGGAAGGAGCCCCCGGCAGCCCGGAGGAGCAUGGGCACCCUGCGGGAUUUACAGUAUGCGCUCCAGGAGAAGAUCGAGGAGCUGAGGCAGCGGGAUGCUCUCAUUGACGAGCUGGAGCUGGAGUUGGAUCAGAAGGACGAACUGAUCCAGAAGCUGCAGAACGAGCUGGACAAGUACCGCUCGGUGAUCCGACCGGCCACCCAGCAGGCGCAGAAGCAGAGCGCGAGCACCUUGCAGGGCGAGCCGCGAACCAAGCGACAGGCGAUCUCCGCUGAGCCCACCGCCUUCGACAUCCAAGAUCUCAGCCAUGUGACCCUGCCCUUCUACCCCAAGAGCCCACAGUCAAAGGAUCUCAUAAAGGAAGCCAUCCUUGACAAUGACUUUAUGAAAAACUUGGAACUAUCACAGAUCCAGGAGAUUGUGGAUUGUAUGUAUCCAGUGGAGUACGGCAAAGACAGCUGCAUCAUCAAAGAAGGAGAUGUGGGGUCACUGGUGUAUGUCAUGGAAGAUGGUAAGGUUGAAGUUACAAAGGAAGGUGUGAAGCUGUGUACUAUGGGUCCAGGAAAAGUGUUUGGGGAGUUGGCUAUUCUUUACAACUGUACCCGGACUGCAACCGUCAAAACUCUUGUAAAUGUGAAACUCUGGGCCAUUGAUCGACAAUGUUUUCAAACAAUAAUGAUGAGGACAGGUCUCAUCAAGCAUACCGAGUAUAUGGAAUUUUUAAAAAGUGUUCCGACAUUCCAGAGCCUUCCUGAAGAGAUCCUUAGUAAGCUUGCUGAUGUCCUUGAAGAGACACACUAUGAAAACGGGGAAUAUAUCAUCAGACAAGGUGCAAGAGGGGACACCUUCUUUAUCAUCAGCAAAGGAAAGGUAAACGUGACUCGUGAAGACUCUCCAAGUGAAGAUCCAGUCUUUCUUAGAACUUUGGGAAAAGGAGAUUGGUUUGGAGAGAAAGCUUUGCAGGGGGAGGAUGUGAGGACAGCAAACGUAAUUGCUGCAGAAGCUGUAACCUGCCUUGUGAUCGACCGAGACUCUUUCAAGCAUUUGAUUGGAGGAUUGGAUGAUGUUUCUAAUAAGGCAUAUGAAGAUGCAGAAGCUAAAGCAAAAUAUGAAGCUGAAGCUGCAUUCUUUGCCAACCUGAAGCUGUCUGAUUUCAACAUCAUUGACACCCUUGGAGUUGGAGGUUUCGGACGAGUAGAACUGGUCCAGUUGAAAAGUGAAGAAUCUAAAACAUUUGCAAUGAAGAUUCUCAAGAAACGCCACAUUGUGGAUACAAGACAACAGGAGCACAUCCGCUCAGAGAAGCAGAUCAUGCAAGGGGCUCACUCCGACUUCAUUGUGAGACUAUACAGAACAUUUAAAGACAGCAAAUACUUGUAUAUGUUGAUGGAAGCUUGUCUAGGUGGAGAGCUCUGGACCAUUCUCAGGGAUAGAGGUUCAUUUGAAGAUUCUACAACCAGAUUUUAUACAGCAUGUGUGGUAGAAGCUUUUGCUUAUCUGCAUUCCAAAGGAAUCAUUUACAGGGACCUCAAACCAGAAAAUCUCAUCUUAGAUCACCGAGGUUACGCCAAACUGGUUGAUUUUGGCUUUGCAAAGAAAAUAGGAUUUGGAAAGAAAACAUGGACUUUCUGUGGAACUCCAGAGUAUGUCGCUCCAGAGAUCAUCUUGAACAAAGGGCAUGACAUUUCAGCAGACUAUUGGUCACUGGGAAUUCUAAUGUAUGAACUUCUGACUGGCAGCCCACCGUUCUCAGGCCCAGAUCCUAUGAAAACCUAUAAUAUCAUAUUGAGGGGAAUUGACAUGAUAGAAUUUCCAAAGAAGAUUGCCAAAAAUGCUGCUAAUUUAAUUAAAAAACUAUGCAGGGACAAUCCAUCAGAAAGAUUAGGAAAUUUGAAAAAUGGAGUAAAAGACAUUCAAAAGCACAAAUGGUUUGAGGGCUUUAAUUGGGAAGGCUUAAGAAAAGGCACCUUGACACCUCCUAUAAUACCAAGUGUUGCAUCACCCACAGACACAAGCAAUUUUGACAGUUUCCCUGAGGACAAUGACGAACCACCACCUGAUGACAACUCAGGAUGGGACAUAGACUUCUAAUGUAUUUCUCUUACCUGCUUCUGCCUUGCUGAAGACAGCUUUUUCUGAGACACAGCUGCCAGCAAACCUGAGGGAAAGAGAGAAGAUUAGUGCUCGGGGUCACCAUGAUGCCUUUGAUCGAUGCUGCUCCAGUAACUACAGUGGCAUUAGGACUUAUUGCUUUGAUGACAAUAGUGCUCUUUACAUGUUUUCUGUUUGAACCUAAAAAUAGCAGUUGACAUGGUGGUCCUGAAGCAAAGUCUUUCACCAGUAAAGAGAUGCUUUCUAUUGUUGCAAUGAUCUUGCUUUGCUCUUAUUAUAAUUUGAAAGACUGUAAGAAACACUUCAAUCUAGUAAAAGAGUCUGUACCUUGCUAGGUUAUCGAGAAGAUAUAAAACAUAAUAUAUUGGGUACUACAGAUUCCUAUGGUACAAAAACUGGGCUCUUCCCUUUCUUCAAGUGAGGGUUGUACGAUCUAUUACUGCAAGCUGGUGUAUAUACCCUAAAAAAGAGGACCACACAUCUGUUGGUCACAGAGUUCAUGUCAAACCAGUGCUAGAAGAGUCAUGAUUUUAUUUCCCAGCAGUGCUGAUGACAAGACUGAAUGUUAUCUUUCCUUUCUGACAGAUUUUACAAAUUGAUAUGACAAAAGCACAACUGCUAUGGAUUCUGCUGAGAACUCUCAUAGCAGGCAUAUAAGCAUUUUUGCAGAGGAUUGAGAGUACCAACAUGCAUGAUAUUUGUUUCUUUUUAAAUUGGCAUGACAGAGUGGAAAAAAGCAAUUCACAAACCAUUUCAUAUUUUAAGAAAAUAUUGUGCUUAAAGAUGGUCCUGGAAAUAAAUGACUAGCAGCCAAUUGGUUUUACUUAUUACCUAAUACAUCCUCAAACUGAGGCUUAACAUAUUCCCUUUUAUAAAAAUAAGCCCUUCAGGUGGGGUGGGGUGGAGAGGGAUUAAGUUCCAUCCAAAAAAUAAAAAAUAAAAAAAACUAUAUAGGUGCUAUGUAUAUCUUUCAUCUGUAAAUGUCAGUGUCUGAACAGACAACACAAAUUCUAAUCAUUAUAUGUGUAGCCAGAGACUCAAGCAUUUUCACUAAAUUUAUUAAACCAAACUCCUGUCAAAUUUCACUUAUACAUCAUAUCUAGGAUUGAGGAAGGAAGAUGAUUAAAAACUCAUUUGAACUAGCUUCUUGUCUUAGGCCUGAACCAGAAAAGAGAAAGCACAAAGUUGUUAAUAUUCAAAUGAGGAAGCUUACAUUGUGACAGGCAGGAAAUAAAACAGGACCCAGGCUAGGUGCUGAUUACCUUUUUGUCAGUGAAACAUAUGAGUUCUUGUGUAUAUGAUAGAGAUAGAGUGUAGAGAAGAAAACAGGGCUCCGGUUUCUGAAAAAUAAAUUUUACCUAACAUAACAGAAAUCUCACUAUUCUAAAAUAUCAUUAUUCCCUAAGAAAGAUGGAUUUGAAAAUGUCAAAUUGAUUUGCUUUUCACCUGGGGGGAAAGAAUCAACAAUUUAACUGUCCUCUGUUGGGGAGCCAGUUGACUACUAUUAACUGUCCUAAGUAGCAGUUAUUUGAAAAAUUUUCCUGGAUAAACAGCAUUACAUCUACCUAGACAGAUGCCUCACCUUAGGAGCUGCCAUCUUGAUUUGGAACUGUAUGUGAAUUUAUUAUAUUUAAUAGAGGUUUACUUUUUUUUUUUCAGUAGAGAGUGUUUAAAGUUAAUCAAAUGUAGACAUUUCUGGAAAAAAAAAAUUCCACCUGAUCAUUAUCUGCUGUCCCAGAAGACUAUAUUGUGUUUUUCAUUUGAAUUUUUCAUAUUAAGACUCCUUUAGAAUAUGUAUCAAAAUAUAACAAAGAUACAUCUGGAGGAUGAAAGUCCUAACGGUAUAUUAUAUGUUGAGUAAAAUUAAAUGAAAACUUUGAUCCUAAGAUGAUACUGUUUUAUUGUGUUACUGAAGUUUCCCUCCCUUAUAAUUUCUCAGUCUAUUCCCUAAGAAUCCUUUUUCUUAUGCAGAAUUUGGAAUAUGAAAUUAAAUAUAUCAACCAAAAAUCCAGCUAUGAAUGAUAUUUCAGAAGUUUUAUUUUGCUUUUAAUUCAACCUUUAAAUUAUAUAAUUUCAACAUUAUAGUCCAUACUAGUGAUUUUUGUUAAACAAUAGAGUGGUUUAGGCAUACUAACGGUUAGCUAGAAUAUUAAAUUUACCUAUUCAUUCGUAAGAAAAUCUGCUCUUGCAAUUUUUCGAAUAUCCCAGUAGCUCUAGAGAUUAGCACUCACUAUCGAUUUUGUAACUAUGGUUCAAGUCUAAGACAACCAAAAUGUACAAGUUUUGUGGGAAGUGAAAAAGCAGCAUUCAGCUUAAUGUAAUUGUAGAUCAUUUCUCCUACGUGUUACUGCAUCUUUGUUCAUUUCACCUGUGGCACUGCAUUAGGAUGUCUAAAGCAAUCACCAAAAAAUAAAGAUGUACUACAUGUUCCAAAAAUUACUAAUAAAAACUUUCAUCUAACUUUCAGCACUGAAUUUUAAGGAUUUAAAUCUUGUCUUAUUUAAGACACUAGGGCUAAAAUUCAUAAAGCAUACUUCACUUUAUUUCUGAAUUUUUCAUGCCCCUUCUAAUUUUUUUCACUAAAUAAUGUCUGGAUGAGUUAGAAUAGUGCCAACUUGUUUGAUGUUAACUGACUCUUGUUAAUACUUUUGAGUAUAGAAAAUAAGGGCUUUCUGUGUGUCUUGACUCAUGGGAAAACACUGAAAACUGCCAAGGGAAGGCGCAUCAUGAUAUUUGAGAUAAACUGAAUACAUUAAGAAAAAUGAUUUCUGGAAAAUUGCUAUAAAUGAUUUUUAUGCUUUACCUUCUUUAUUAAUAUAUGAAUCAGAUCAAUGUGGCAUUUAAAUAAACUUAUUUUUAUUAUAUUCUUUAUAAGUCAUAAUUUUUACUUAUCACUAUGGAAUAUGCAUGUGAGUCACACAUGUAUAAUCAUAUAUAAACUCAACUAUUGAAUAUUUGUUUUAUUUCUAAAUGUCUGAAUGGAUGGUGAACUUAAAGAAGUCAGCUACCAUACUGAAAGAAAGGAUAUUAGAAUUGAUUUCAUAUAGCAGAGGUGAUUUGUGCAUUAUCCAUAACAAUGUUUUCUUUCACAAUAGGACCACAGACAAAUAUUUAUGUAAAUAGAUAUUUUUGUGUGAGAUUUUGUGGUACAUAUAACUUUUAUUAGUGUUUCACAGCAUUAUUAUUUCAUUUUAUUUGUACUGAAUAAUGUUUCUAGGUCCAAGUAGACUUGAAUUAAUGUCAUAAUUGUCAGUAUUAUUGAAAAUUAUGUCACCUGUACUGUUACUCAUCUGUCCCAUAGUCUAGAACAUGACCUGGCUAUCUGGCAUUGUUGCAAGUGCCUUAAAUUCAUGGCAUCCUAUUAAAAAACAAAUUUGGUGUUAUGCUGCAUGACAAAGACAAACACACCUCAAAAUGUUGUCCUUUCUUAGCUUGCUGCGUUUUACAGUUCUUUCUGCUAACAAUUUAUAAGCCUUUAUUAUAUAAUAUUGAUGAAUUACAGAAAUGAUGAAGUUGUUCUCUUAUUUCUGUUAAAUGUUACCAGAGCUGUGUAUCUGUUAAUGAGAUACAGCGUCAUUUCUGUGAAAUGUAUAAAUGUAUGUGCAGGUCAAAUUAAUAUAUGACAUACUAUCAGUCUGUAUACAGGUAUUCCUGUUUUGCUAAGCUGUGCAGAUUCAGUUAAAAAAAUUAGUGCAGUCAUGUUCUAACAUAUUUUAUAGACUCCAUUAACAACUGUCCAAUUCAAGAGAAAAAUAGAAAAUGACUGCUAAUCACACCUUGUUAUGAAACCAAUGAUGAAAUGUACCUUGGUGCACCACUCAACAAAACAGGAUGCUUUCUCUCAGUUCUUGUAUAUGCAAAUCAUUUAUGAGGCAAGUUUUCAACAGACCAAGAAAGCUAAACAUAGAAAGUGUUGUUAGCCCUCUUCUCUAUCUGCCCCUGUAUCAAUAGACAGAGCUCUGGGACCUUGACAUUGACUCAGAGGUUUGGGCUUUCUGAGUAAAGGGACAUUUCUUUAAGCAUCAUCUACCAAGUUUAUUUCAAUGUACGAUGUUUUUACAACUGGUCAGUUCUUUUGUAUUCUUACAGCUAUGGUUGAUCGUCCUCUUACAAUUUGUUCUACAUGAAAGAGUCCUUUGUUAGUCAGAAUGCAACAACUGUCAUCAAAUGGUCAUUGACCACUUGCACUCUUUUGAUGUAGAUUAAAACUUUUUCAUAAACUUAACCUGCUUUGAUUUGCUAUGUAUUUUUCCUGCAGCUGUAAUUGCCGAGUGCCUGUUGUAUACUUUAUAGAGUUGAAAUAAAAAAAAUAAUUACUUUU